AUGUCCGAGGAAGGCUGGCAGCAGGUGCGCACCUACCCCGACCAUCUGGGUCACCGCGUGGUGCUCGAGCAGAUCGUCGAGCCCGACUUCACUCCAGACCCCAGCCACCUGGUCCCCAUCCAGGUCUACAGCCUCGUCUCCUUGGACGCAGACCACCAACAGCUCCGGGAAUACCUGAUGCACAGUUUCAUGAAUGAAGAGCUUAAGCCUUUGUUCAAGGUUUAUUUAUUCUGCGCGCCCGACGCCUUCGCCUGUAUUGAGCAUAACCGCCGCGAAAUCGCCCACCGCAAGCAGCAACACCGGUCGGGGGUUGAGAAUCAACCCCCGCUGAUUCCCCAAUUCUUCCGUCCUAGCGACGACACGCCCGUUGGGUUUUGUGUUCUGCUGCGAUCGCACAGUUACCGGCUGGGCUAUGUUAAGGACUGGGAUGAGCUUGCUAAGGAGGGCAAAAGCCCGGACUUGCUCUACUUUAACCACUUGUUUUCCAGCGCGCACAGCGAUUUUGACGACGCGCAGUGUUUAUCUGAUUCCGGCGAUCUCUCGCCAGAGGCAUUCGAGUUGUCCAUCGAGCGCCUCAUGUGCCAGAUUGAUAUCGGCUAG